GGAUUCAAGUUGAAAAAUCAGCCUAGUAAAUCAUCAAAUAAAUUAUAUAAUGGUUCUCGUGGCAGAAAUAAUCUGGGAGAAUCUGGUUUUAGUUCUGAGGAGAUGGCAGCUAUUCGAAUACAAACUGCAUUUCGAGGCUACAAGGCUAGGAAAAUUUCACGCCAACUGAAAGGAACACAAAGAUUAAGUUUCCUUUCUGAUGGCGGUUCUGUUAAAAGGCAGACAUCUCUCACUUUGCAGUUUGCUCAUUCCUGGAGCAAAAUACAAACACAAAUAAGAGCUCGGCGUGUUUCUAUGGCAACAGAAGGCCGAAUUAAGCAAAAGAGAUAUGAAACCCAAACAAAACUUGAGGCCAAGCUUCAUGAUUUAGAAGUAUGCUCUCUUCGCUCUCCAGUCCUCUUAGAGUUUCUUUUUCUCAAGGUGUUUUUGCUUUUGUGUUAAAUAUCCCGUCAAAUGUGAGGCUUCUAUGGUUUGAUCGACUAUUGUAAGUUCCUUCUUAGAAGCGUAUUGAUUUCAUGAUGCAUCAUUAUACUGAUCCUAUGCAUCAAACUGCAGUUAGCAUUUUGAUUUAAUGCGAUGGAAUCUGUUAGUAGAGAUAGCCACUUUCUCUCGACUAAUUAUAAUUGACUUUG